AUGGCUUUCCCUCAGCUGGGGUACCCCCAGUUCCUCAGUGCCUCCCAUGAGGUGUACGGGGGCGAGCGGCCGGCCUCUGCCCGAGAAGGAGCUACCGAAGGCGGCGUGAGCUCGUCCGCUACCGCCGCUGCUGUCGGCUCCAUGCUGGGGAUGUACGGGAGCCCAUGGGCGGCUCAUAACUACAGUGCCUUUCUGCCGUACAGCGGAGCCACAGACCUCGCCCUCAUAUCCCAGAUGGGCUCACAGUAUGAUCUGAAGGACAGCCCAGGCUCCCAUGCAGCCUCUCUGCCUGUCCACGCCGCUCAAGGCUUCUACCCGUACGGCCAGUAUCCGUACGGAGACCCGUCGAGGGCCAAGACGGCCACCAGGGAGACCACCAGCACCCUGAAGGCCUGGCUGCAGGAGCACCAGAAGAACCCCUACCCCACCAAAGGAGAGAAGAUCAUGCUUGCCAUCAUUACGAGGAUGACACUCACACAGGUGUCGACAUGGUUUGCGAACGCCCGCAGGCGGCUGAAGAAGGAGAACAAGGUAACCUGGGGCCGCAGCGCCGAGGACAGGGACGGGCGCAUCUUUAGCAGCGACAACGAGGACGAGCACGGCAAGAACGGCAGCGACGACGAAGACGACGAGGAGGAGAUUGAUUUGGAAACUGUCGAUAUCGAGAGACCCGAGGAGCAGCGAGCAGGGGAGCAGGACACAGAAAAGGGGGAGGGAGAGGCAGGCCUGGCCGCCAGAGAGGCCUCGGAGCCGAAGAGCUCGGAGAGCAGCAGGACGCUUUCUGUGGAGGGCCUGAGAAGAGUCGAGGCGGCUAUUUCUCUCAAUAAGUCGCCCGUUGUCAAACUCGCAGUGGAUCAUUCUCCAAGCAGACAGGAAUGCCAGAGACCACCCCAGAGCAAACCCAAAAUCUGGUCACUGGCUGAGACCGCCACGGCCCCCGACAGCUCUCACAAACCUUCCCCCGUGGCCCAUGCGCACCAUCCGGCUUUGGCCUCCGCCGGCCACCCGGCCUUACUCCCGGGUCAUGGGAUAUAUACAUGCCAGAUUGGCAAGCUGCACAACUGGGCCAACGCGGCUUUUCUGAAUGCCAACUCUCUUUUGAACAUGAGGUCGCUCCUCGGAGGGGCGCCGGCCGGACACCUGCCUCUCCAAGGCGCAGUGCCGGCUGCGCGUCAUGACGCACGACCAACGGUGACGGGCCCUGGAACUUCGGGGACGGAAGACGACAGUGAUGUAGAGUCGUCAGGAAGCUUCAGUCCAAAAAGAGAUGACGAAGAGAGCGACCACAGGCCUGACUCCCUUAAGUCCCCAUUCCAGCUGAUCACUGACAGACCUCACCAUGGCACAGCAGCACAGCGAGUUCUGACAACAACAUUAUGA